AUGGCGACCGAGUUGAUGAUGAGAAACCUGGAAAACCCUCAAGCAUUCGAGUUUUUUGAAGCACAUCCAUUAUUUGUUUGGACUCACUUGGCAAUAGUAACCAAUGAAGGUUCGAGCGUUAUUCCUCAUCUGGAUCACAUCAGGUACGCCUAUGACUAUGAAAUAGAAGACUGCAGACCAUUUCUGUAUGGCGGCUGUUUGGCGAAUGAAAAUAAUUUCCUAACUGAUGCAGAAUGUCAAUCAAUAUGUUUCAAACAAAACAAGUCUACAACGACCAUGACACCAGGCAAGCAAGAUGAAGUGACGCCUCAUUUAACAACUAUUACGAUCAUAACCACAGAGGAGGCACCAACAACAACGGUUGAAAUCAGUCCUACGACAACUAUCUCCGGAGGUAUGUAUGAAGACAAAAACCAAAUUAUUGGAAUGGAACUAGCAGUAAAAGAUUCAAAUAUCAGAAAGUUCUGAGC